AUGGCCACGCAUCCCCAUGGCCGUGAGGUCGAGAAUACCCUGGACAAUGGAUCAGCGGCCAAGGCCGAGAAGCCCGCUGAGCUUGAAGCAACUCACGACCAUCCUCAAGGAGAACUGGUUACAAAUCAAGAUUCCUCCGCCUUGAUUGCAGAGAACCAAAGGCUGAAAGCCAAGAUCCAGGAGUUGUUGAAAGAACUCGAGAUACAGCUUGACAAUGAAGCUCGUAACUACAAGAGACUGGCCGAGAUUCGUCAAAAUCACACAGAGAUUGAGCAAAGCCAGGCUGCUGAGCGACAAGCCGCAACGGAGAGGAUUGCAAUGCUGGAGGCCGAGUGUAACUUCUUGAGAGACGAUAAUAAGCAGAUGGAUAUCAAUCACCGUGAUGCAUUGUCAGCAUUGGACAAAUGGAAGGAUCGCUACCAUGACCAGCAACAAAAUAUGAGGGUGCUUCGAGGAAAAAGCGAGUGGUUGGAGGACCAACUGAACAUUGCUCAGCACGACUUGACAACUACAAAAACCGAUGAAGCCCGCAUUGCUGUCUCGGAGAGACAGGCUGUUACCGAAGAGCUCACCGAACUCAAACAAGAGUGUAAGCAGCUGAAGGAUCAGCUAACUGCCACACGAAACGAACGCAAUUCUGAGCAACAGGCCGCAAACAACAAGAUCAGCGAGGUGUCGAAGGAGUGUGGUCGGUUGAGAAAACAGAUCGAUACCAUACAGAGCGAGUUGGCCGCAAAAGUCGAAGAAGCCCGUGAAGCCGAGACAUGGAGAGAGGCCGCAACUCGGAGGGCUGCCAAAAUCGAAGAAGAACGUGAAAAGCUGAAAGAACAGGUGGCCACAGCCCAAGGAGAAUUAACCACUCAGGCCAAGAAAGUUUUUGAAGCCGAGGUCAAGAAGAAAGCUGACGCCAGGAGAGUUACGGAGCUCGAGGAAGAGUGUAAAUGGUGGAAGAAGGAGUUAUACAACUGUAAAAACCAGUUAGACGUGGAAGGCGUAUCCAAAGCGGCUUUUGGCGCCAGAUUGGAGCAAGCGUCAAAGCGAAUCAGAGAGUUCGAGGAAGAGUGUAAUCGGCUGAAGGAGAAAAUGACUGCCGACACGAAAAAUGCGUCCGACCAAAUCUCCGAGCUCAAGAUAGAAUGCCAAAUGCACAGGAGGCGGGCCACCGAUCUCGAACAGGAAUGCCUUGGCUACAAGAAGCAAGUUGCCAUCAUUGAAUGUCAACUAGAGACAGCUAUUGAGGAACGAAGUCAGGAACGGGUGGCAACAGCUGAGAGAAAGUUGGCUACCAAGACCGCAGAAGCUCAUGAGGCCAACGUUAACCUACAGGCUGCCGGCAAGAGAGUCAACGAGCUUGAAAGAUGGCAUUGGAAGCGCUCGGACAACGAGAUGUCUGCUCUUAAAGAACAGGUGGCAACGGCUGAGGGACAGUUGGCCACCAAGACCGAGGAAGCUCAUGAGGCCAACGUCAAAUUGAAGGAUGCCGUCAAGAGAAUCCACGAGCUUGAAAUAAUGUCGAAACGCACGGAGACAGAGAUCUCUACUCAAAAAACCCUGUUGUCUUUAGCAACGGCAGCCAAAGCAGCUCGUACCACCAAACUGGAGCAAGCAUCCAAGCAAAUCAGGGAGCUGCAAGAACAGAAUGAACAUCUCCGGAAGGAACAGACUGAAACUGCUGCCGAGAAAAAUCAAGCGUUAGACCAAGUUGCGAAGCUCAAGAAGGAAUGCCGCCUCUACAAGGAGCAGGCCAACAAGGUCGAAGAGGAGCUAUAA